GAGAAGAGGUCCGGAGAUAUAUUUGAUAGGCUACCGAUAUAUCAAGAAGUGAUAAAUCUAAGCUGGUUAGUGGUCGUAGGAGACGUGGAGCACAGCCUUCUUUAUCGUGAUCUGGUGCGGAUGCGUAACCGAGCGCCUUCAGCUAGUUGAGUCCAUUACAAAUAAUGCGUCUGCAUCAACGGUCGAGGGCUUACAGAGCUAUUGAUUUUGGGAUUAAUUUGCCUUUAUCGUGAUACCCUUACCUCUAGAUCAUGCUUAUAAAGUCAUAUUAAUGAAGAACUAAUACGAGGCCUCGGAAUCUGAACAAAUGUGAAAUCUUUGUCUUUGGUUUUCAAUUUGGUAUUAAGCGAGGGAGUUUCGACAUUUUCUAGGUCACUUUGAUAUUUGUUAACAGUUCUAAAUGACGAAUUGAAUGUCCUCUAGUUUAAAGUUAUGCAGAAUGCUCACUUCAUAGUUAGUCGUGCCAUAUUAAGUUCUACUAAGGACACAUUUCGACGUUGCCUUAACUUGUCUACCAAACAUUUAUUUACUACGCCUUACUUGGUCCAUAAAAUCAGGAUAUCACGUCACACUCGCAUUGAUUUAUUCAACAGGAAUUUUAGUUCUUCAGGUCCCAAGAGUAUUACCGAUUCUCCAGUUGAGAAGAUCAAUGCUAAAGUGGUUCCAAAAAUUAAAACAAGCUUUUCUUAUGAUGAUUCUGUCAAGUCUGUGAAGUAUAUCACACCACUUAGAGCAUUACGAGAAUAUAUGCUUACAAAACAUGAUUUAGAUCAGUUACCACGUUAUUACAGCCGAAGUCCGUAUGGCAAUGAAACUAAAACUCUUGUUUUCCUCCGAUCAGAUGUAGAGCAAAUGGCUUACGCAAAGCACGGAGGCCAUGAUGAUUUUGAGUUACGACGGAAACUCAUGAAGGAUAUGGAGCGAAGAACCAAAACAGAAAUCUUCAAUUUAAGGAAGGCCUUAAAAUACCUUCAAAACUCAGCAGAAGCCAAGGCGACUGGGACUUCGGUUUUUAUGGAUAAACGGAAAAGUUUGUUUACGUCGGGCCCUGGUCGUGUUGUUCUUUUCGCAAUAGCAAUAAAUGGUCUCAACGUCGCUGCCAAAGCCUUCGGUUGGUGGUAUACUGGUUCUAAAAGCAUGUUUUCUGAGUUGAUGCAUUCGCUUGCGGAUACGAUGAAUCAGGUUCUCGUUGCUUAUGGUCUAUAUUCAUCACUUCAGAAACCAGAUGAAACGCAUCCGUACGGUUAUAUUCCAAUGCGUAAUGUAUCAUCGUUGAUAAGUGGUGUUGCCAUUUUCUUCCUGGGAGCUGGUCUUACAUUUUAUCAUAGUGUCCAGGGCAUUUUAGCGCCUCACGAAUUUGAAUCUGUUAAUCUGGCUUUGAUGGUCAUGCUAGGUUCGCUUUUAUCCGAAGGAAGCACCUUGGCGUUGGCUUAUCGCGAAGCUAAAAGAAGUUCAAAACGUCAAAACUUCUAUUCCGUUAGGCAUUGGUUGUUUUCCGGAGUUGAUCCAAGUACUAGUAUGGUUUUAUUAGAAGAUUUGGCUGCUGUCAUUGGUGUUGUUGUGGCAGGGUCAGCUAUGGCUGUAACUGCUUUCACUGGACAUGUUUUACCUGAUGCGAUUGGAGGGAUUUGUGUUAGUGCAAUUCUCGCUACAGUGGCUGGUCUGAUCAUACAUACGAAUACUGAAAUGUUAAUAGGAAGAGCUAUUCCGGUUGAAAAUCAAGAGGCAAUUAUGCGUGUGAUGGAUAACAUAAAAAUUAUUCGCGGGACAUACGACAUAAAAACAACUAUGAUUGGUGGUGAAGAAAUACGAUUCAAAGCAGAAGUUGAUAUUGAUGGUCGAGAACUUACUAAACGUUACCUAGAAACUUUAUCAUUAGACGAUCUUCUUCAGGAGGUGAAAAAUGUCAAAACUGAACAGCAACUGGCUCAUUUUAUGUUGAAACAUGGUGAUAAUUUAGUGAACACACUAGGCGCAGAAAUUAAUAAAAUUGAAGAGAAAAUUAAGAAGGAAUUCCCCAAUGUAACUCAUAUCGACAUUGAGAUUAACUAAAUACUGGAUUUCCGAUUUAUUAUCACUAUUCAUUUCGCGGACUUCCCUUGUUGCAUAUUCCUGGCUUUUCUGUGAUUUGAGAUCCAUAUCGCACUGUGUAUAGUAAUAUAAAAUAUAUGUACACAAAAACAAAUUUAGUAAACAUUUUUGCUACGUAUUAAAUUCUUUUCCGGAAAAUAUGUUUAGUAUGCAUGCACUUUGUAUUGCCUCGAAGUUAUCAGCACAAAAAACGUUCAUGAUAGCGAUAACAACACUUACAGCGUUCUCUACAAGAAUCUAGUUCGUGAUUUGAAUUUCAAGUUAUCUGCGGCUUCUGCUGACGUCAAUCUAAAUAAUGAUGAUACCUAGACUUGGGAGAUUGGUAGGUUCAAACAGUAACCAGCAUGGGUGAAAUUUGUGUUCACUGAACUCGAGUUUCAAAAACUUGAAAUUGAGGCAACCUGAGCAACAAUCAGUCUGGCGUCUGUAUAAGGACUUCGCAGACAUUCAGGGCUUGGUAGCGAUUUUACCCGCUAUAUUAUAAUCACAGACCUUCAGGCGUAAAAUAGUCCAAAUUUAUAUUUGAAAGAUAGCAGUAUUUUUUUGUUAUCAUCAACUUUAUUCAAUAUUGUAUUUUUGGUACAAUAUAGAAUUC